AUGUCUGGCGGCCCCACCGCGGCGUUCCACCUCGCGGUUCACCCAGGCGACCUGGUGGAGGCGAGCGUGGCAGAUCCGGCCGUCUUUCAGGCGAAGCUUGCCGCGGACGAGAGCAAGGACCCCAGGAUGGAGGAGCCGUGCGUUAACGCGGUGGUAGGCGACCAUUGUCACAAGGCCUUGGAGUGGUCCAAGGCGGUCGGCAUCGGCAAGCAUCCGGACUGGUACCCGAACCUGACGGUGGAGUCCUCCUUCCAUGAGAUCCAGGAGUCCUUGUGGCGCCGCGGCAAGGCGGGGUGCACGAGGCCUUGCCCCGAGCCGGAGACCACGACGACCCAAUUGCCGCUGAUGAAGGUGGAGGACAUGACGAUUGACCAGCUUCAAAGGUUCAUCGACAAAGAGUUGGACGUCAGGAUCCCCCAGGACGAGAACGCGACCAGCAAUGCCUCGUCGGAAAUUCAGGCCGACCAGGCAUCCGGCGAAACUGGGGACGUGCGGAUGGUCGACGGCGCGCAGUCGCCAGAAAGCACUGGUCAGGCGAGCUACGUGAAGAACGAGUCGGAGGUGGCGGUUGACGCCGCGCCGGCACAAGGGGCUCCGCAGGAGAGCACCGACCCGGACGCUGCUGGGCAGGAGGACAACAUGACGACCAGGUCGGAUGACUCCUGGGACAAGAGGGGCGAGGAGGUCAUUGGCGGGGAGCCGACGCUCCCCGGGUGUUACAUGCGCUUGCCUUCUGGCUGCCCGAACCAUCACAAGAAGUCGACCUUGUGGCGGCACGACCUCCACGCCGAACAAAUGGAGGUUGAUGACGCCCAGUGUCGGGCGCGCAAGGCAUUUUGGGACGAGCAUUGCGGCAGCACGGACACAAGGAUCAUGUUCGUUCCUCAGCCCGAAGCAGUUCGACCCCCCCAGGAUGGCGACAUGAAGAAUGAGUCUGAGGUAGCGGUUGACGCGCCGACGAACCGCGACCCCGCGCCGGCACAAGGGGCUCCGCAGGAGAGCACCGACCCGGACGCUGCUGGGCAGGAGGACAACGUGACGACCAGGUGGAACGCGGCAGAGGGCCUGCCAGCAACGCACAACGCAGAGCAUGCGCCCGAACCUCCAGAUCAGACCACCGAGUCGAAUGGCACGGCGCAGGAGGACGCGGACACCCCUGACGCGGACGCCCACUCGGGCAGCAGCACGGACGGCGUGGUGCGGGACGUGCCGCUGCCGCUCGUCGGCAGCGACGCCGCCCUCGACCCCGAGGGCGACGGCGCCGGCGCCGCGGGCUCGGAGCCGCCCGAGGGGAGCAGCGGCGCGGGCGCGGAGCAGAGCUCGAGCGCCUCCGCCGCGGGCGCGGGGCAGCUCUUGAGCACGCGCGCGGGCGGGCGGGCGGCGGUCGUGGGAGCCGAGCCGCUGCCGGAGGUGGACGAGGACGCCCUCGACGAGGCGGGCAGGGCGAGGGCGGCGGAGAGGGCAGAGAGGGCGCGGGAGAGGGCCGAGGCCGAGGAGCAGGUGCGGAGGCAGGUGGCGGCCGAGCUGCGCGAGGAGAUGGCGGCGCACACCUCGACGACCGAGGAGUCCCUCGAGAGCAUGAAGGACAGGAUCAAGGCUGAGAUCAAGCAGAAGAUAUUCAAGGACCAGAUGGAGGCCAAGGUCCGGGCGGAGAUCAUGCGCGAGAUGAUGGCCUCGGCCGACAUGGGUGGCACCAGCGAGUCACCGUCGCAGUGA